AACGUCAUAUUUCCGGUGAUAGCGACAUUUCAUUCAACAACUUUAUUCUGUGUAAACGCAUCGAACGAAUAACAUUCCAUCUAUAAAGUUAGAGAAAAUGUUAUUGAGUGAGCUAGGAGGAAAUUCUUCUGCAAAUUCUACAAAUACGAAGAUUUUGUUCCAGAUAUAUCCUACACCUCUAUUGAACUUUACUGCAACUUGCUGUAUUGUAUUUACCAUUUUUGGAAUAUUAGGAAAUUCGUUAACAAUCCUCGCUCUACUGAAGUCCCCCUUAUUGAAAAAUGCUACCUCUGCCUUCAUCAUCAACUUAUGUAUCGUCGAUGGAUUAUAUUGUUCGUUUAAUUUUCCUCUUGCUGCUUUUACAUUCAUCCACAAGACUUGGCCUUUCGGCGAUUUACUUUGUAACUUGUUUCCUCUGAUGGGAUACGCCAACAUAGCUGUUUCAACUAGCACAGUCAUCACCAUUGCUGUCAACAGAUACGUCAUCAUCGUUCACCCGAGAAGUUACAAUAAGAUAUAUACUAAAACUACUAUCAUAGUUACGAUUCUUUGUUUGUGGCUAUGGUCUUUCCUUUCCUUAGUACCUACUUCUCUAGAAGUUUGGGGAAAAUUUGGCUUUAAUCCCGAUAUUAGUAUGUGUACCAUCCUGGAAACAAAUGGCAAAUCCCCCAAGCGAUUCUUUUACUUUUUCGCAUUCGUCGUUCCAAUUUUUGUCUUCAUAUAUUGCUAUACUAGAAUAUUUUUGACUGUAAGGAAAUCGGGAAGACUAUCAAGAUCCAAGAAUGAUUCGGAACAAGAAACUGAGAGUUCAAACAAUUCGAUGAAAAAUAAUAAAGGGAAAAAGAAAUUAACCAAAGAUUUACGUUUACUGAGAAUGAUCCUCGUCAUUUUUAUUAUAUUCUUAAUUUCUUACACUCCAAUUGUUUUCGUAAAACUCUUCAGAAAAGAAAAAGAUCUUCCAAUAUUGACCAUGCUCGGGAUUGUCGGGAUUUAUUCGACUGCAAUUGUUAAUCCAAUCAUUUACGUAGUGAUGAGUAAAUCGUACCGAAAAGCAUACAUAAACUUAUUCGUACGAAGUAAGAAAAGUACGAAAGAAAGUAAAACACCUACAUAAUCUCUACAAAAUAUAACUUACAACUCAGUUGAUAUCUUCAUGAAAUGGAUAUUAAUGAAUACUUCAUUUAUACACGUAUGUGUGAAGAAUAUAGUGAAGUCUUUUCUGUCUUAGGAAAGAGAACA